AUGGGUAAAGGAUUGAAUUGUUUAAAAACUUCUACUACUCACACUACUACUACUACUACUACUACUACUACUACUAUUACUACUACUAUUAAUACUACUUAUAUACAGUACGAUUCAUCAAUAAAUUCUAUCUGUUCCCAAAAUUAUUCAACUGUCUAUUAUUUAUUCAAACCAAUUUAUUUAUUGAGUUACAUUCACUGA